GUUGAUUAUCACUGGCACAUUGUGAACAACGUCAGGGAGAGCAUCUCUAUCAGUCAGCACGCCGAAAUAGUUUUGAAAUCAAAAUUAAAAUCCGAAUCCGCAAAUAAUGACUGAAACCGCCAGUAGUUCGAGCAGCACCCCGCGCCUGGGCAUGUGCGAGGUGUGUGCCGCCAAGGAGGCCCGCUACGCUUGUCCCAAGUGUGAGGUCAAGACGUGUUGCCUGGACUGCGUCCAGAUCCACAAGAAGGAGCUGUCAUGCGAUGGCCAGCGGGACCGUACCAAAUUCGUGCCCCUCAACCAGAUGACGUCCACCGAUUUCAUGAGCGACUAUUGCUUCCUGGAGGAGGCCACACGCUACACGGAAGCGCGCAAGUCGGAUCGCACCAAGAGCUUCACCCACGACAGCAGCAGCAACAACAAAAACCUCUCGGUGGCACAACACCGACUGCGAACGGCGGCCUACUGGCGUAAUGUCCGUCUGGAGCUGCUGCUCCCGAACUUCAGCAAGCACAAAGAGAACACCACGUAUUUUGACUGGAAGCAAAGAUGCAUUUUCUGGCGUGUGGAGUGGCAGUUCGUAAACAUUCCGGCGGAGGAGAAUGAUCAGGGUCAGGCGGAGGCAGUAGCUCGCUUCGUGGAUGCCCGUUGCGAUGAGCACGAAACCCUGGCGAAUUUCGCCCUUAAAUAUGUAGAUCUGCAGCAGGAGACGGCGCGGAAUCAUCGCAAGCGUUUGGCCCACCACCAAACGGCGGGUAUUGGCCAGCUGAGCUUCUGGCUGCAGGCCGAACGCGUUCCAUUUAGUGCCACACGUUGCUAUGCCCUGGAGGCGUCAAAGCCUUUGGGCAAGAAUCUAAGCCGCAAGACCAUCAUCGAGUUUCCCACCAUCUAUGUUACCUACGAGCCGAAGCCGCCCUUGGGAUUCGAGGCAAUUGAAUGCGACAACUGGGACCUGGGAGAAGAAGCACCCACAUCCUCGCCACCUGCUAAGAAAUUCAAGAAAGAACGUCGGUUAUAUGAAGAGAAAAUGGCUUCUAAGGAACGCGGCAAGCGCUUUACUCAGGACAACAGAAGCCCCUCGAUGCCAUCGCAGAAGCGAUUGCGAAAGGCGGCCUUAAGCCGCAAGGUUCGACUUCAGUGGCAGGAGCCAAACUUCAGCAAACACAAGGAGAACACCACUUAUUGGGACUGCAAGCUGUCCUGUCUCUUCUGGCGUGUGGAGUGGUAUUUUGUCAACAUUCCGACUGAGGAGGGGGACAAUUUCCAGUUCGAGGCAAUGGCCCGCUUCGUUGAUGCUCGUUGCGAUGAGAAUGACAAACUGGCGGAUCUCGUCCUCAAGUAUGUGGAUUUGGAGCAUCAGACGGCACAAAAUAAUCUCAAGCGUUUGAGCCGUCAUCAAACCGUGGGCAUUGGCCAGCUGAGCUUCUGGCUGCGUGCCGACGGUGUUAACAAUAGCGAUUUUGUAUGCUAUGCCCUAAAUGCGACCGAGCCGCUGGGCAAGAAUAUAGCUGGCAAGACCAUUAUCGAGUUUCCCACCAUCUUUAUUACCCACGAACCAAAGCCGCCCAUGGGAUUCAAUGUGAUAGAAUGCGAUAAUCUGGAGCUGAAAGAAGAGACAUCCGCCUCAGAGGAAGAGACCAAGACUGAUGUUUUUCAUGGUAUGACCACAACCGUUGCCAAAGAGGUUGAUGAAGCUGAUAAGGAUGACGGCCAAGACGACUUUGAGACCGAAGAUGAAGACAAAGACGAUUUUGAGACCGAAGAUGAAGACAAAGACGACGUGGAGACCGAAGAUGAAGACAAAGAUGACAUGGAGCCCGAAAAUGAGGACGAAGACGAGGACAAGUCGGAAGAUAAAGACAAAGACGACGGUGACUUGGCUCCUGAGGAAAAUAACACAGAAUAAGGCUCUCCGUAGUCUUUAAGGAGAACAUAAGCAAUGCUUCUCUCCCACUCUACCCUUUCGGCAUACAACCCUUAUCCAAAUUUAAGAAAAACCACAUUUAAUAUAUUAAUUUUUACAUAAAUCAUGUAUUUUUCCUCAUA